CUCCCGGAGCCGCCCCCGGGGACACACGUCUGUCGCCUCCGCGGCUCGGGCUCAUGCGCAGCCCCAUGCGGCCACUGUGGCUGUGCUGGGCUCUUUGGGCGCUGCCCUUCCCCGGCCCCGGGGCCGCCUUGAGCGGGGAGCAGAUCCGGGGCAGCCUGCUGCGGCAGCUGCACCUCAGCCAGGUGCCCGUCCUAGACGGGGGCGACGGUGACGGGCUGGUCACCCCUGCCCACGUGACAGCCCAGUACGUGGCCCUGUUGCAGCGCAGCCACGGUGCCCGCUCUCGAGGGAAGAGGUUCAGCCAGAAAUUCCGAGAGGUGGUGGGCAGGUGGCUGGCGUCGGAGGCCUCCACGCACCUGCUGGUGUUCAGCAUGGAGCGGCGGCUGCCCCCCAACAGCGAGCUGGUGCGGGCCGUGCUGCGCCUCUUCCAGGAGCCGGUGCCCAGGGCCGCGCUCCGUAGGCUCGAGCGGCUGUCCCCGCACAGCGCCCGCGCCCGCGUCACCGUCGAGUGGCUGCACGUCCGCAAGGACAGCUCCAACCGCACCUCCCUGGUGGACUCCAGGCUGGUGUCCCUCCACGACAGCGGCUGGAAGGCCUUCGACGUGACCGAGGCCGUGACCUUCUGGCAGCAGCUGAGCCGGCCUCGGCAGCCCCUGCUCCUGCAGGUGACGGUGCAGACGGAGCACCUGGGCCCGCGGGCCGCGGGCGCCCACAAGCUGGUGCGCUUUGCCUUCCAGGGGCCGGCGGGCGCCAGGCAGGGCGAGCCCCAGCUGGAGCUGCACACGCUGGACCUGGGGGCCUACGGAGCUCAGGGCGAUUGUGACCCUGAGGUGCCUGGGUUGGCGGAGGCCCCCGGCUGCUGCCGCCAGGAGAUGUACAUCGACCUGCAGGGGAUGAAGUGGGCUGAGAACUGGGUCCUGGAGCCCCCCGGCUUCCUGGCCUACGAGUGCGUGGGCGCCUGCCGGCAGCCCCUGCCCUUCAAGUGGCCGCUUCUGGGGCCUCGGCAGUGCAUCGCCUCGGAGGCCUCGCUGCCCAUGAUCGUCCGCGUGGAGGAGGAAGGCAGGCCCAGGCCCCAGGUGGUCAGCCUGCCCAACAUGAGGGUGCAGAGCUGUAGCUGCUCCUGGGACAGGGCGCCGGUGCCCCGGAAGCUGGAGCCUUAGGUGUAGGGCGUGGCCACGGGGGGACUUGGCUUUUGUGGGCAUCAGGGGUGUUGUAGGGCAUGGGGAGAGCCGGGGGUUGCUGCUGAUGGGCAAAGGCUCUGUGCCAUCUACUGAGCUCUCUGUCCAUUCAGCUUGCCUCCUAAUUUUUGCUUCCCAGAGUCAAGACUCCCUGGCAACUGGGUAGCCCCCGCCCGUCUUCUCUGUUCAUGUGACAAUAUCCCAAGCACUUACCU